CACUUUUCAGUAUACUAUCCGAGGAUUGGUUACGUCAUGUUACAUUUACAUUUUUAAUUAUUUUAAUUACAUCUAAUCGAGAUUGAAAUUAUCUAAUGUCACGAGGGCAAUUUUCUUUUACAUACAUGCUUAAUAAAUAUGAACUUUUUAGUUAAAUUAUCUUUUCGGUCUCCGAAAACAUUCCCAAUUAAUCGAGUUGCAUCAACAAAAUUAUUCUUUCGACAGUCUCCCAACUUAUACCCACUUUGUUCUUUACAUACCUCUUUACCAUUCUUUGACGAUUCAAACUCCAAACCUUCCUCUUCUUCCUCAAAAUUCAAUUAUGAAAAACCACCAGUUUCUGAUACGAUCGUUCCAACACCAAUGGCUUCAGCAUUUAAGAAUAUGUUUGAUGGUUCAGCAAUACAUUCUAUUCAAAUGUUAUCUAGAUUAACAAAUGAUGGGUUUAUAACCAGUAAUGAAAUUGAAGUUAAAGGUCCUGUUAUUUUAUUGAAUGGUGAUUUAAUUAUGUGGGAUGUACCUCAAGGUGAUCACGGAAAAGGUAGCGUAUUCAAUAAUUGGACCACUGAUUUUUUAAAAGUGUUUGAAGUUAUAAAACCUAGGCCAGAAUUAUUGAUAUUUGGGACUGGAAAAUCGGUUGUUCCGAUUCCAUCACAUAUUAGACAAUACCUUAAUGGUUUAGGAAUACAGAUUGAAAUAGUAGAUACGAGAAAUGCUUUAGCAACAUUUAAUGUAUUAGCCGAAGAAGGCAGAAAUGUUGCGACCGCAUUAUUACCAUUGAUUCCAACUAGUGCUCGUACUGGAAAGUCUUUGAUUACUUAAUUCAAAUAAUAUUAUAUAAUAUAUUUGUCAUCACGGAAUAAUAAUCAUCAUUAUCAUUACCUUAAGUGUUCUUUUUUUAUUAAGUAAAAAAAUUAUUAUUUUUUUUUUUU